AAAAAAGAACAAAGCAGUGACAUAGAAAACGACAGAUACAGAGACUCACUCAAAUUACAAAUGAGUCAAUGACACAGCACGCCCGUCAGCUUCCCUCCGGGCUGCGCCUGCUCCACCACAUUAAAACAUAGAGAGGGACUUGUUAGAAAGAGAGAAAGAUUUGGAGUUGUCUCAUCUCAUGUCUGAAUAGAACAAUCUCUGACCGUUCUUGUCAUAUCAAGAAAACAAAAUAAUCUCUCACGUUCGUUAUUUCUUUUUUUCCCUCAUCGAAACAUUCUCUCUUUCUUCAUCUCCGUUUCUGUAUGGGUUGUCGAGAUAUUCUGUUGACUUUCUCCGUGGCUCUCUUACUCAUAUCUUUGUUCCAGAUCUGGCUUUUCCGGGAAGGACGACAAGUACCGGAACUAUCGGAAGACCAACUCGGAAAAGACAGAGAAGCCCUGCUCGCGUCCAAGAACAAGAAGGACGACGACGACGAUGUUCAUCAACGACUCUACCAAAGGUAUUUCAAGGGAAGAUCUUUUGGUGUAAACAACACAAAUCCUUCCUUUGAAGAUUCCAAUAGAAGGAUCCCUAGUUCACCUGAUCGCCUUCACAACUAGUUAGUUCGUCGUGCCUUCUUUAGCUUUUUCUAUAUUCUUUUGGACUCUUGCCUCAUUUUGUUAGUAUGUAUUACUCGUAAAAUUGCUAUCUAGAUAUUCUGGUAAGAAACGAGAGCAUUUUGUUUUUUUCUUGGCAUUGGAUUCAAAGGAAUGUGCAUACGGUAAAUGUAAUAAACUCCGGAACGUUUUUUUUUUUUUUUUUGUAAUCGGUUAUUGCAUUGAUUUAUGUAUACACUUGAUGAGAAAUAAAUAUUUAUGGAAAUUAUUACGGUAUUAUGAUCA